AUUAUUAUAUUAUUAUUAUUAUUUAAUAUAUAUAUUAUAAUUGAAAUGUUAUUACUCAAUGAUAUUAUUAUUAUAUUGUUAUUAUUGUAUUUAUUAUCUAUUAUUUUAUGUUUCAUGUCGUGUUAUUGGAUUGUAAUUUAUUCUUAUUUAUUAUCUUUCUCUGUCUCUUUGGAAGUCUCAUGAUUAUUUCCAAAAUUUGCCAGCGAAAUGUUGCGAAAGAUGUGUUUUGCAUAUAUUAUCCAAUGAAACGAGAGAAACUUUUGGGACACCUAAUAGUUCAACGCUUCUUUGUAGCUGUUAAAAAGAAAUAUUAUAACUUAAAAGAACGCUAAUGUAUAUAUUACUCUAGUAACAUUAAUAAAUUGCUGACCGAUAAAAUAAUUUUAAUCUUUUACAAAUAAGAUUUUUUUGUUUAAUCUAAGAAAUUUAAUUAGAAAUAUAAUCUGGAAACUGAUAAUCUGUAUCAUGACAAUCUAGUUUUUUUUUUAUAGCUCUUCGCACUUGGCGUGCUGUACAAUAAUCUAGUUUUUUUUCCUUUUUUUUUAAGAAGGCAAUUUCUUUCAUUUCAAAACAUGUUUAAUGCAACUAUAAAAUGAUACAGGAGAUCCUGGUAACUUUUUCGGAAACGCGCACUCUUAUUCGCCAGCCUCUUAGCUGCGAACGUUUCUCAUUGGUCGUUGAGGCAUGCGACAAAACGAGCGGGGAUUUCGGUCGAGAUGUUCAUUUUUACGAGACACCGCGGUUACGCGUUUCGCAAAACAAUUGUCCGCAACAAGCGCGACGAAACGUAGAGGACACUUUUGUUCGAAUUGCCUUGCGCUUCACCGCGUCGAACCAGCGGGAAUUGGUUAGAAAAUAAUAAGUGACGUCAAAAGAAGUCGCGUGAUCAUUCUCGAAGUUACGGACUGGUCAGAGGUGUAACUCUCCUGUAACACACAGUGGUGUUCGUCGAAGAUACUUCUCUUCAAACCUACGACUCGUUUUCGUUUUGAUCAAACCAAAUACGUAUCGUUGUUCUUCCAGCGAGCCUGAAGAAACCUACGUCGUAUUUACGAAGCAAGAAUAUUCCGCGAAAGUGAGACAUCGUUGAGAGUGUCGUCUACUUUGGCAAACGGAGCCACGCGAUGAGAAUUACUGACGAAAAGAAUCUCCCCCGCGCUUCUGAUUUGCACGUAAUAAUAAUCGCCCCGAGAUUCGAGCGAUGUACGUCGCUCUACUAAAAGUUCAGACUUCUCUCGGCGUACGGUAGAUGCGCGUAGUUCUUCCAUUCUCUCUCUUUCUCUAUCUAUCUAUCUCUUUCUCUCUCUGCUUUCGUUGUCCCACUUCGGCGAGAUAGAGAACUCGCGAGACUCACCAUUACAGCACUCUCGUCGUUGAACCACACUCUCUCUGUUUCCGUGAUUCUGCGAUGGUUAACCCUACGACGCUGUAUUGUUAACUGAAUUCAAUGCACGAUGACAGUCUGUAAAUACGAGUGGUAGAAGGAAGCCGCGGUGACAGUGGGCCGAACGUGACGAAUUUGCGACGGUAUGUCGAACAAGUGACACAUACGCGCGGAGUGUUUCAGUUCGGUAAGACCGGGAAGGAGGAUCUUCCCUGGUGGUCCUUUUCCUUCGUGAACAAGGAGGUUAGCGAGGCAGCUGCGCGAAAGACGGGGGAUUCCGAAGAUCGGGAGGAGUAUCUACAUGGUGUCAUAGAAUGACCGAUCCGAAAAUCGAGAUGCAUUACACGCCACCGAACUCGGACACCAUUCAAACAAAACCUUUUCCCAUUCGCGGCGAACGAGCGAAUUUCGUAAACAAGCCGCACGUGAUCGCAAUGGUGGGCCUGCCGGCUCGCGGCAAGACGUACAUCUCGAAGAAGUUGUGCAGAUAUUUGAAUUGGAUCGGUAUAAGUACGAAGGUGUUCAACUUGGGAGAAUACAGACGGCACGCGACCACCGCUUACCAAUGCCAUGAAUUUUUCCGUCCUGAUAAUAUUAAGGCGAUGGCAAUACGUACCCAGUGCGCGAUGGACGCGCUGAAGGACGUCUGCCAUUGGCUAGAGAGCGGGGACGGCGAAGUGGCUGUAUUCGAUGCCACUAAUUCAACGGUCGAGAGACGACAGUUGAUCAGAGACAUCGUCGUCGAGAAAAUGGGCUUCAAACUCUUCUUCGUAGAAUCUGUCUGCAACGACCCUGAAAUCGUUGAACAGAAUAUCAUGGAAGUGAAAGUAAGUAGCCCGGAUUAUGCGAACAUGAACAAGGAGGAAGUACUGGCUGAUUUCAUGCUGCGAAUCGAGCACUACCAAGAGAAAUAUCAACCGUUGGACGAGAAUCAGGAAAGCGAUCUGUCCUUCAUGAAAAUUUACAACACUGGCGAGAAAGUGCUGGUUCACAAGCAUGAGGGUCACAUACAAAGUAGGAUAGUUUAUUAUCUUAUGAACAUCCAUAUAGUGCCACGUACGAUCUAUUUAACUAGGCAUGGCGAGAGCGUGAUGAACCUCGAAGGUAAGAUAGGCGGUGACUCGGAGUUGAGCGACAGAGGCUGGGAAUAUGCCAAAGCAUUAGCUAGCUACAUCACUAGCCAGAACAUUCAGGGAUUGCGAGUGUGGACUAGCUGGCUGAAGAGGACCAUUCAAACAGCUAGUGACGUGAAUGCACCUCAAGAAAGAUGGAAAGCGUUAAACGAGAUUGAUGCGGGUAUCUGCGAAGAAAUGACUUAUGAAGAAAUUGCAGACAAGUACCCGACAGACUUUGCUGCAAGAGACCAAAAUAAAUUCUCGUACCGUUAUCCGAGAGGGGAAAGUUACGAAGAUUUGGUCGCGCGAUUGGAACCGGUGAUAAUGGAAUUAGAACGACAGGGUAAUGUUCUGGUCGUUAGCCACCAAGCGGUUUUGAGAUGUCUACUUGCUUACUUCUUAGAUAAAAGUGCGGAUGAAUUACCAUAUUUAGAAGUGCCACUACAUACUAUUAUUAAACUAACGCCUGUCGCGUACGGUUGCAAGGUGGGACACAUUCGAUUGCCAAUUGACGCAGUGGACACACAUCGGCCGAAACCAAAGAAUGCCUGACCAUUAGUGGAUUGGGACUACUUUCUCGUAUAUAAUCUUGAUUUAAUGUAUCCUAAAUGUCAUCCAACUCUAAGCUUUGAAUAUUAAACACUGCGUUUUGCAUGCAUUUUUCUAUUAAAGUAACAAUACGGAUAAUAUGACUUAAGACGUCGUGCUGUGCAUGUACUUAAUACACAUGUGAUGACAUAUUUAAUAGAUGUGAAUAUAUGUACAUAUACAUAUGAUGGUAGAUAUCAAUUUGUGAGAACUUUGAUGUUAUACUUAUCAGAAUGAGAUGUACAUGUUUGUAAUUAUCGGCACACAGUAAAACAUGCAGGAGAAUUGCACUUAUGACAUUUGUUUAAUAAAUCGUAUAAUCAUAUGGUAUUGUGGUAAAUCGAGUCUAUUCCAACGAACCAUUCACACCAUCGUAGUGAAUAAGUGCUGUGAAAUAGAGUAAAAUUGUUUGUAUUUAUGUUAUGGUAUAAACUUAUGCGUGAUACAACAUAUACAAAUGUAUGUUUUAAUGGUACGACGUGUGACCGUAAAACUUAUUAUUAAAAUCUGCUUGAUCAUCUAUGUGCGACAUACUUUUCUUUCACUUUUUUUUCUUUUUUUGUUCAUCGUGUAGGUAUCGUAGAAAUGUAGUAGUUACUGCUUAUAUUGGAUCAACUGUCCAAACGAUAUAACGUUUCGUUGUGAAACUCUUUUCAGAUCCCUGGGUAUCUAGAGGAA